AUGAGCGAGCUCAAGGCACGUCGACGCGCAGACUAUCCUUACUCUCUCUCGUAUAGGACUCGCUGGAGCGACAAUGACCAAUACGCGCAUAUAAAUAACUCUGUUUACUACCACUUCUUCGACUCUAUCAUCAACACUUAUCUCAUUCAUCACUGCGGCCUCCCGCCUCGGACUGCUGAUGCACCACUCAUCGGUCUCGUCGUCUCCUCCUUUUGCCACUUCUUCGAACCACUAUCGUUUCCAUCUGUACUUGAGCUCGGCCUUCGUGUUAGCAAGCUCGGUAAGAGUUCGGUAACCUACGAAGUCGGCGUAUUCGGGGAGGGCAAGGACGCACCAAGUGCAGUCGGAGGCUACACUCACGUCUUUGUGGAGAACCAGAGUAGAAAAAGUACGCAGAUGGGCUCAAGGACAAGGAAAGGGCUCCAGGGACUGCAGUCGUCUAUCCCAGUACAACUGCGAGCAAAGCUAUAG